AUGUGCCUACAUAUCCUCUGCCACGUGGCAUCCACGUGUCAUGCGUGUCUUCCGCCGUUGUUCGCGGCAGCGGCGGACGGUUCCCCUCCAAACCCUAAUACGGAGUUUGACCUGGACUGGCCGGGUGGCGAGGAAAAAAUCGCCAUGGCUCGAAUCGCUGUGGCACAGCACAACGCGGCCAAGAACGACAGCCUACAAGCGAUAAGGCUAGUGUGGGUGGAGCGCGAAGGCAACUGGAGCGCCGGCGACUGGAGCAGCCACGAGGAGUACCGCCUCUCGUUGACGGCGCUCAGCCUGCUGCGCGGCCGCACCGCCUCCUUUAACGCCCUCGCAGGGUCGGAGCACGCGAGCACGGAGGAGGAGCAGGAGAUUGCGCUGAGGCACGUGGUGCAGCGGCCGACCGAUGCAUGUGGCGAUGAGUUGACUUUCGUUGACCUGUCAGGGGAGGACGUGCAGCGAGUGGCGCGAGGGGCGGUGGCGAGUGAGAAUGAGAGGCAGACCCAUUACACCUGUCUCCUUCCUUGCUCCCUCCCCGCCCCUCUUCCCCCCACAGGGCAGCGCUCUGCUGUUCAUCUCGGUGCUGGAAGUGGCUUCUCCAUGCGCUCCCUCGCACUCUUCGCCUUGGGUGAGCCCAAUAGGCAAGACAACGACUUCUCGUAUUUGACUCUUCUGGAUGUGCUUGCAGCGAGGGCGAAUGUGGUGGAGGGGACAGGGAUCAACUACAGCGUGACUGUAACAGCAGCGGCGCAUGCAGCACCUAUAAUGUUCCAGUCAGUGCCUGGAGGAGACGACAAGGCAGCAGGUGUGGGGAAGAGGAAGGAAGUGGCGACAGUGAAGGUGCUGGUGUGGCAGCCGGUGCCCUUCACGGCUCACCGCCUGCUUGACUUGUUCGUGUUGGGUGACACAGCGAACAAUGACUGUGCUUCCCCACCCCCGGGCUACAUCCUCCUGGGUAACUGCAUGGCAGUGCCUAAGGCUGGCUGUUACGUUGCUGCGCCGAUCGGAUUUGUGACCGUGGCUGGUAUGCUUGUCUCCCUUGGCCUUGUGAUCGCGCUCUUGUAG